CCCUCGCUGGAGAUCAGGCAGUCUGCUCUGCCAGCAAGACUGUUCUUCGCAGCCUUUGCUUGUUGGCCCUUCACUCUCCAGGACCGCGGCCUGCCUACCAUGCCCUCCCGGGGGGUGUCUGUCACCCUGCUGCUUCUAGCCCAGGUGGGCUUUUCUGUGAGCCUUGAGGCUAUCCAAUGCCCCCCAUGCUCUGAGGAGAAGCUGGCACGCUGCAGGGCACCCUCUGGAUGUGAGGAGCUGGUGCAGGAACCAGGCUGUGGAUGUUGUGCCACGUGCGCCUUAGCCAAAGGGAUGCUCUGUGGGGUAUACACAUCUCGCUGCGGUUCAGGGCUGCGGUGCUAUCCACCACGGGGAAUGGAAAAGCCCUUGCACACGCUCAUGCACGGCCAGGGUGUGUGCAUGGAGCUGUCUGAAGUCGAGGCGAUCCAAGAGAGCAUGCAGUCAACAGAGCAGGCAGAGGUUGAACUCCCUCCCACCAACAACUUCAACCCCUGCAGCAGCCAUGACCGUAAAUGCUUGCAGAAACAACAAGCAAGAGCUCGGGAACGGAUGAACAGCGGUGUCAAGAUGAGGAGCCACGGGAACCUCGCUCUCCGGGAGGACACCCGGCUGGUGGUUCAAGGCUUGUGUCAGAGUGAGCUUCAGAGAGCCUUAGAGAGACUAGCAGCUUCCCAAACCCGAACCCAUGAGGACCUCUACAUCAUCCCCAUCCCUAACUGUGACCAUAAUGGAAACUUCCAUCCCAAGCAGUGUCACCCAGCAUUGGAUGGGCAGCGAGGGAAAUGUUGGUGUGUGGAUCGGAAGACAGGGGUUAAGUUGCCAGGAAGUCUGGAGUUGAAGGGAGAGUUGGAUUGCCAUCAGCCUGCAGAUGGAGUGCAAGAGUGACCAGGCUGAUAAGUGGACAAUGAGACCAAGGAACUCGUUGUACUUAGUGUUUGAUGAAUAGAUGGAAUGCAAACAGGAGUUACCACAAUGCCCUUUUUUCCUUAGGGGGAAUGAUAAUGGCAGUGGCAUCUGCCCCUCCCCUCAAAAUAACUGCAUUAAUCUAAGCAUGACGUGGCUUAGUCAACCCACACCUCUCUGCUGUUUAACUGGGUAGCUAUUUGCAUCCACAGCUCAUUCUUCACAGACGUUGGAAACUGUAUUCCACUUGAGUGGACAACCGAUGACAAAGCUUUACUUUUGAGUACCUCAAUGGGCCUUUUGAGAGUUUCCUCUGAGUAGACCUGCUCUUGUUUUGAGUACAAACUGUUGGGGAACUGGUUCUUCUUCCAAGGUCUCCAUUGAGAAAGGGAAAAAGAGGAGCAGGGGACAAAGCUCUUUUCCCCACGCUUCUUAGGGGUCCACUAAAACACAAGCUGGUUCAGUAGUGCCUGGACUUCUUUUUAUCCUAAUAUACUUUAUCUCCUUAAUGCAAGGGAUAAAUUAUAUUUGGGAUGGGAGAAAUUAUGCUUACUGGGAAGGCCUCAUUUUCUAGCCAUGGAACACUGGCCUUCAGUCCUGGAGCUGGUUUUCAUUGCCAUGGCUUAGUCCUGAAACACGUAAAGCAACGAUAUAGAAUAGAGUAUUCUUGAACAUGUGAAAAAAAAUACCUCUUGGACUCAAAGACCAAAUAAACUUGUUUCCAAGGCCAUGUCUCUCCAUCAGGAUAUCAGAGCUUCAGUUUGAAUUUAGGAUGUUCCUUCUAGGCAUAAUUUCCUCCUAUUUGCUAUUUUUGCUUUAAUUUAAAAGAACUGUAAUUGUUAAUUCAUAUUCAAAAUAGGUAUAGGGAUACAAUUACCAAAACACAGAUCAUAAAACAUAAUCAUUAUAAAUAUUGUAUCAUCAAUUUCAUAUUUUUUUAAAAAUCAGAAAAACAGCAGGCUGGUAUAAUCCAGAUGAUAUUCUAUCCUCCCUGAGCAAUAGGUAAAUCACCAAUCAGUUUAUUUUCAAACAGAGUAAGAUGAUCUUUGGUGUAUAAGAUAGCAACUUUGAAAUCUAGAAAAGUGAGAUUCCAGGGCAUUUGAUAAUAAUAAUGGGCUUCCAAUUUGUAUUAAUAGUGACAAAAGAAGUUUUAGAAAUUGGCAUGGGAGCUGGACUAUAGCAACAUUUUCAAGGAAUGGGCUUUAGCUUGUUGUUUCUUAAAAAUUUAAUAAAAUAAUGGGAGGACUGGACCCUUAAAACUGCCCUGUAGAUUUAAUUUACAUUGGUGGUAAGAUUCAGAUUCACCUGGUACACAGAUAUUUGCUUUCUUUUUCCUUCCAACCAAGUGCAGAGUAAUUUCAGCCCUGAUAUUAAGUUAUCUACCCAACCCAGGAGUAGUUCCAAACCAAUCUGGAAACAAAGCUGAAAAUGUUUAGAGCACAAAAGAUUGUAUUUGCCCAUCCUAGAGCCCAGCAUCCAUUGCUACUGGAAAGAAGGCCACUUUUUUUCCAGUUUACAACCUUCUUGUGAGUUUUUAAAAGUUUCUAGUUAGAGGGCAAUCAAAGUAAUAGCAUCAGGCAAUCUUGCUGUGGGACAAGGAAUCCCUUCCCCAAAUGAAAUGUUUCUCAUUAGCGAGUGGAAUUUGCAUCAUUUGGGGGAGUAAUCCAGAGAUCACAGACUCCCAGCCCCCUUUGCAGAGCUUCCUAAAAGUCCUCAGAUUGGGCUGCCAAAAUUUGUUGCAAAACCACUAAUUCUCUAUGGGGCAAUUUUCUCAUAUUUUGCCUCUAAAAGGACAAAAUAAAUCUCCAUGAGGUGCAAAGUAAUUCAUUAUUUUUAAUUGUCUCCCAUUAGAUUAGGAAGUUCUUUGCAUCGUGUAAGCAAAAUACACUAUAUAAUUUGGUCUGAACAUCCAGAUAAGCAAAUUGUUAAGAAGGUGACCCUGAAGCAUGUUUUCAGAACAUGUGGUAGAUUUUUUUUUUCUUUUUCUGUUCAAUUGUGCCUGAUUCUUGGAGAUUGCCUGGGCAAGUCCCUGCAGUUUUUUGGCAAAGUUUUUCAGAAGUGGUUUGCCCUUGCCUCCUUCCUAGGG